AUGGAUCAAAUAAAAGAAAAUAAAACAAUAGCAGAUUCAAUUUUAAAAAUUGACUUACUAAAUGAAAAGAAUGAAAAAACUAAUUUGUACAAUGAAAUAAAAAAAAAUAAAGAUAAAAAUGGCAUGGUUAUUUUUAUUUAUCCUAAAGCAAACACACCUGGAUGUACAAAACAAGCACAAUUAUUCAAAGAAAAUUUUGAAAAAAUUGUGAAAAAUAAAUAUUAUGUUUAUGGUUUGUCUGCCGACUCUCCUAAGGCACAAUCUAAAUGGAAACAAAAAUUAAAUUUACAAUAUGAUUUAUUAUGUGAUGAAGAAAAAAAAUUACUAAAGGAAUUUGGUUGCUUAAAAGGAAAUAGUAUAAUAAGAUCACAUUUAAUUUUAAGAAAUGAUUUUAAUUUAUCCUAUUUUAAAAAAGGAGUGUCUCCUACAAGUUCUGCUGAUGAUACUUUAAAUUUUCUGCUGAAAGGAGAAGAAAAUGGAAAUACAUACUCAAAUGAAAAUGGAGAAAAGAAGAAAUCAUUACCAAAAAUAAAUGAAAAUGAGAAAGAGAAAAAUAAGAAAUCUGUGAAAGUUAAAAAAAAUAAAAAUGGUAUUAAUAAAGCCGCAAAUAUAGGAAAAAAGAAUGAAAUAAAAAAAAAUAAAAACAGUUUAAAGGAAUUGAAUAAUAAAGAGGAACAUAAAAAAGAAUUAAAAAAAAAAGGAAAAAACAAAGGUGAAAAUAAAGGGGAAAAAAAAAAAGUGAAAAACAAAGAAGUUAAAAAGAAGUUAAACACAAAAAUGGAAGACAAAAAUAAAAAGAUUAAUAGACAAGAAAAAAAAAAUUUUAAAAUAAAAAAUGAAAGUAAAAAACAGAUGAAUAGUAAAGAUGAAAGUAAAAAAAAAAUAAAAAAUAAAGAACAAAAAAAAGAAUUGAAUAUUAAAGGAGAAAAUAAAAAAGAAUUAAAAAAAAAAGUUGAAAAAAAAAAAAUGGAAAAGAAAAAGGAUGAAAUUAAAAAAAAUUCAAAAAUAAAAGAUUCAAACAAAAAUAAAAGUGAGAUUAAAAAUGAAAAGAAAGUAAAAAAAGUUUUAAAAAAAAAAUAA